AUGUACUUCAUAUUCCAUUCUCCAUUUUCUUCUUCACUUACUUCAUUCCCCUUCUCCGUUUUCUUCUUCGCGUACUUAUAUUUUCCUUCCGCCUCUUCUUUACUUACAAUCAUUUCCCCUUCUCUGUUUUCUUCUUUCCCUCUUCAUCUCUUUCUUCGCGUACUUCAUAUUCCCCUUUCUUCUCUUUCUUCUUCGAUUACUUCAUAUUACUAUCCUUCAUUUUUUUCUUUGCUUCCUUUAGAUUCCACUUUCUUUUUUUUUUUCCUCUUCGCUUCCUUUCUAUUCUCCCUUUUCUUUCUCUUUCCCUUCCAUCCUAUUCACUUCUCCUAUCUUUUUUUUUUUUUUGGAUUUUUUACUUUGAUUUAUUUUCUAUUUUUCUUUCCAAUUUUUUUCAUGAUAUCUUUUUUCCUAUUUUUGUUCUUCUUUUGUAAAUCUUUAUUGUUUUUUUAUUCUCUUUCUUUUCUCAUUCAUUUCUUCUUUACUAUACUUUUUCUUCCCUUCUCUUCCAUCUAUUUUUCUUUUCUAUAUCACCUCAUUUUUUUCUUCCCUCUCUUUAUUAUGAGUUUAUAUUAUUUUAUUUUUUCAUCCUUCAUGCCUCGUGCUGUUUUCUUUCUUUCUUUCUUUCUUCCUUCCUUUCUUAUCCUUUACCUAAAACUCUUCGCUUUUAUCUUUGUUCAUAGAUAUUUUACUUACUUCUUUCAUUUCUUAACUAUUCAACUUUUCACUCACCCUCUUUUCACUUUUGCUCUCCUGUUUUCUCACUUUCCUUCCCCUAAAUGCAAUCCUUUUUUUCUUUAUUCCUUGUUAUCAAUAUUUGCUUUCCUUCUCUUUAUUAUUUGUCUCGUAUAUUUAUUUGUUUCUCUCUCUUUCUUUCGCUCUCUUUUUUCUUGUCUCUUUCUUUCUUUCUUUUUCUUGAUCUCUCUCUCAUUCCCUUUUUCUUUUAAUUUAUCUCUUAAUAUCAUCUCUUCUCAUUAUCAUUCUCUCUCUCUCUCUCUCUCUCUCUCUCUCUCUCUUUGGCAAUUGUGA